UUCGCUUGCCAUCACCCCGCCGUCCUUUGUUCACGCUCUCGUCUUCUCACCCGCAAUGCGCACACGGCCGUUUGACAAAGCUAUUGUUACGCGUUUCUUUAUUGCUACGAGAGAAACACGUCUAUCGCAGAUACGAGAGUAAGGACCCUUAGGUACCCAACUCUACAACGUCAUCCAAAGCUGUCGAUCCGCGAUUCCUUGAUAUCAACAGAGCUAAACAGGCAGCUCUCAGUGAUACCUUCUUCCAGAUACCUCAGUAUGCCCGCUAUGUCCAGUUACCCGGUCGUGUCUUCUCGGUCGGAUAGCGCCUUUGGCAAUGGUCCAGCGGCCCCGCCAUCACAGCUCGUUCUCGGAGUUCUCAUCUCUACUGUCGUCUUCCUCGUCGCGGUUGGCAUACUCAUGACAUGGCUGCUCUGCUUCUACCGUGAGCGCCACGAGAUCUGCUGGUUGCCAAAGCUCUGCUGCGGUCGGAAGCAAAAACCAAAACCACAAUCACGGAGCUUUCGAUGGUCAGUUUCGAACUUGGACUAUGCUUUGAGCGCUGAGGCACGUCGAUCUCGGACAAACGCUGCGAUAGGGCUGGGGCGCGAAAUGGACGACCUAGGUGCUUACUUUCGGAACCCGCGAUCACGAAACUCGGAAUUAAAGAAAGACCAAGAUGACGGCUCGAAAUUUGUCGUGGGCGAUGAGGAAGAGGGAAUUGGGCUUCAUCCGAUUGAUCCUCCAAAGCCGCCUCCUUCAUCGCUGAGACCAUUCCCAAACAACGAAGCUCAGGCUGAUGCCCCUAUGCCAGCACCAGCUACCAUAGAGUGGCCAGAGCUACCCCCACGGCCAGCGGCUUCAAAGCUGAAGAAGAAUAGAGCGACUGUUUCAGCGCUGAUGUUUGGAAGAGGCGGGAAGGAGACCUUGCGCCGCGAUAGUGUCUAGUUCGUAGCUCGCAGUAAAGGUGAAUUGCUUACAAGUUCUUACUCUCGUCCCGCAAUAUACGAAAUUUGGACUUACUAAGGCUUACAUAUCACAAAGAUCAGACUCCCACGCUUCCAGUAUCAAAAGCUCUUCAAGAUUCUAGAUGCCUCACUCACUCUGGAUCGCUGUGGAGUAACUAAUCUACAAUGCGCUCCAG